GCUCAGUUCGAGAAAUUACUUCACGACAAGCUUCACGAGAUGGAACAUAGGACGGAUGAUGCGCACAGCACGCCUAACCAGUUCGGCGGCAUGCCAGACAUCAAGCAGCAACUAGAUGACCGCGACGCCACGUUCGCCGCGAUGCAGAAGGGGCCCGGCGAGGCCAACAAGAAAGCCAUCGUUGCCCUCCAGGCUGCCCAACGGACUGGUAUACUGGCGCAGCUCGAGGCCCACUUGUUCGACCUCGAGUCCACCAAUGCGCGCGCGUCCCCGGCUGCGACAUCCAUCAGCGGGAGCGCCAAGCGCAGCCGCUUUGCAUCUGCG